UUUUGAAUUGUUCGCUUGCCGCGUGUAGCCGCAUCCUGCGAACGUUUACGUAUGAUUGGAGAGGUUCAGUAUUGAACACGUGCCCAUGGGCUAGUAGCUUUUACAACCUGACAACGGCACUUGCAGACGUGAACUUGACCUGUUUGGUCACGUUUGUAUUUCGGGGCUUACCAUGGAGAACAUGACAGGACUUACAGAAUUAAGGGCGCAGAUGAGUCAGCACAUCUGUGAAAUGGUGCGAACUAAGGUCAGUGAGCUGAUGAGCAUUUGGUCCGACGUGGGCAUCACUUACGAGGCUACACGAAGCCGCCUCGAGCGUACUCGGGCCCACAUUGCCAACCUGCUGGACCAGAUGCUCGAGGGCGAAGUUGAAAUGCGGGAAAGACUACUCCGAAACAUCAAGGAAUUCAGCAAUGAGGUGCAACAGCUUGCCCUGGAACUCUCAGUUGCCAGCCCUGCGGUCGACAGUUCCCUCACAAUGCUCGAGAAGGAGAAUGUCAUCCGGGAAAGGUUGGAGCAACUUAAGCAGAUCAAAAGUUUCCGGAAGCGAGAACGCAAGAAGCUGCGCUCCAAGGAGUGUGAGCUGUGCACCAAGCUGGGCAUGCCAGCUCUGGUCCUUUCUAACAACACAUCCACUCCUACUGAGAAAGACCUGCAAGAGCUGGAGCAGCACGUGAAUCAGCUAGAACGAGAGAAGGCCAUUCGCUCGUGCACACUCUCUGCACUGCGGAACAGCAUCAUCGCCAAGCUGAGCCUGCUCGAUGUCCAACCAGAGGCACAGCUGGAGAUCCAGCUGGUGGAAGACCAGGAAGGCUUCAUUCUCUCAAACAGCAACAUCGAUGAAGCGAGGGCUUACCUCGAACGGCUGAAGCAGCUUGAAGAGGCAAGACGCCAGGAGCUUGCUGCCCUGCUGGAUCAGUUGGCCUUGUUUUUUGACCGGCUGGACAUCCCACUCGAAGAGCAGGACCACAUUCGGAAUGCCAACAAUGGCCUCACUCCUGCGACAAUGGCUGCGCUCAGGAACAAGCUUGCCGAGUACGAGCUGCAGAAGCGAGAGCGCCUUCGGGAGUUUGUCAUCAGAGUCAAAGACGAGCUGCUCACGUGGUACGGGAAAUGUUGUCUGCCAAUGAGUCGAGAUUUCCUCGACGAUGACGACGAAGAUGCCACCGAGGAACACCUGGCAAAGUUGGAGCAGCUGCUCAAGUCCUUGAAGGACUUCUACUCCGAGAACAAGGUCAUCAUAGCCAAGGCAGAGCGUCACGAAGCCCUGUGGAUGCGAUUUCUAGAGCUGGAGAAGCUUGCCACGGACCCGUCCCGCCUGAUGAACCGGGGAGGGCACCUCCUCAUUGAGACCAAAGAGAGGCAGCGCCUGCAGACAGAGCUCCCGAGGCUCAGGCAAGAAAUUCAAGAAUACAUUACCACCUACAGCGGCAGAAGUGAAAUAUUUGCACGCUGGGGUAAGGACUUCCUCGACCAUUUGGAUUCCCAGCAGCGUGCGCGUGCCGAAGAAAAAGAGCGCCAACGUCUCGAAAGGGAGAACCGUCGCAAAGCCACGCCCGCAAAGUUGAGCAACACAAAGCGGACCUUCUGUGGAACACCUUCUGGCAGUGCGUCCAAAAUGUUCCGGCUUGGAGCAAGCAAUGCCACCCUUGGAUCCAGCAGGCGUGUAGGCACACCAGCCAGCAAGAACACACAGGUGGCACAUGGCGGCACACCAGUCCGUGCUGGCGCUGCCGUCAGUGCUGCAAAGAGCAUUCGGCGGCGCUCGCUAAGGGCCCAGAAAAAGAGCGCCACUGGCCGACAGCUGUUCAAGGGAAAAGGAGCUGACGAGGCAUCCAGCAGCACAGCCGGACCUGUGGGUGGGCUGACCUCCAUGGACAGCUUUGCACACUUCCUCGCCCAGGCAAAUGGGAAGCAGCUCACCAGCAGCAUACUUGAAGCACCGAGGCCAUCACAACCUGAAACCGCUCCACGAGCCACAGGAGCAGACUUGGACUCGACGCUCACAGAGGAGCAAAUGCCUCCCUCGUAAACAGUCCAUACGUUUUUCUCUCAAUUUUUUUCAUCUUAUUAUGUUUACUAAUUACAGAUGUAUGUUAAUCUGCGGAACUUUGUACACAGUCAUGUAAAAAUUCUUGUACAUAUUUCACAUGUGUCGGCAUCCUUUUAGAAUUUGUUCUUAAGCUUGACGGUGAUACUCUUACCAGCAGCUGCACCAUGAAAUGAAGUUGCAAUCUGGUGUUGCUCAUUGUAUAAUAAAUGUUUUAUUCUAGUUG